AAUAACAACCGGUCGCCGGUCGGUCAACCGCUAUCAUCUUCCUUCAGUUCAGAUGGGAAAGCAUGCAAAUGGAAGUGUGAGGAUUUCUCCUUAUGAUGGGCAUGAAGGUCAACCGUGCGCUGAUGUCUCUGAGAAGCUUUGCUGACUUGUAGCUAGUAGCAGACUCGACCAAAUCCCGCCAUGUUUAAGGCAGCCAGGAAGGGGUUUCUGUAUACUGUGUCUGGUCUGAGCGCGUGUUACUGCACGCUGCGCUUUAUUGGUGGGAUCGGCAGGUGCGAGGAUGUGUCCAUGGAGCCAGCCAUCCAGCACGGAGACGUGGUCCUCAUCUCUCCCAUCCACGUGGACUACAAAAAGCUGCAGAAAGGAGAUGUUGUCUUUUGCCGGGCUCCAAAAAACUCCAGUUCUGUCAUUUGCAAGAGGCUGAUGGGAAUGGAAGGAGACACGGUGUUCAACAAUGAGAAAGGAUUCGAGGAAUAUGUGGGAAGAGGUCAGGUGUGGCUGGAGGGAGACAACCAGGAGGCCAGCAUCGACUCGCGCUCCUACGGUCAGCUGCCCUACGGCUUGCUGCUCAGCAAGGUUUGCUUCAGGAUUUGGCCGCUGCACAGAGUUGGUCCAAUUUCUUUCCCUGAGAGAAGAACAACUGCCAAGGAAAAGGCCCAAACGAAGACUGAAGCAAAAGUCAGCUCUUGAUGAAGCUUCACCCUAGCUUGUGAUAGAUACCUAGAUAAUGAUAGACACACUGA